AUGGAUCCAGUGCCAAAGAACACCAAAUUUCAUUUCACACAUCCAAACCACCCUUUGAUUUACCUCUCCGACGACCAAGAUUACUUAUGCAGCGGCUGCAAAACCUUCGGUUCCGACAGCCGAUACCGAUGCCACGGCUGCGAUUUCAACCUCCAUGAAUACUGCGCCAACUGCCCAGAAAAGCUGUCAUCUUUCCUCCACCAGCACCCUCUAAAUUUGAAAUUCCUUAUUACCAAACCCCAAAUUGGAGCCCUAGGCCACCAAUUCUGCGACAUCUGCCUCGACCCCGUCGACGGCCUCGUCUACCGCUGCAAAGACUGCGACUUCGACGCUCACCCACUUUGCACUCAACUCCCUCAAGAGAUUUCCCAUGUGAUCGGCGGCAGCCAUUCUUUGAACCUCCAAAAGCUUCCCUUUGGAAGCUGUGUUAUUUGUGGAAUGGACUGUUCCUCUCUUUGGGUUUACGGUUGUAAAGUUUGUGGACUCUAUGUCCAUUUUGAUUGCCUUUUGGAGCCCUCAGAAGAAUCCCCGAUUCUGCCGCGGAGUCGGACCGCCCCACGGGGGAUUUCGUUUGCACCCCCACCCCCACCACCGCGGCCAGUUCCUUAUGGUUUCACCGUUUAUCCAGGUUACCCUUCUGGAUACCAUCGUGAAUAUUUGUAUAAUAAUUAUGUGAAUAAUCCUCAGCCAAGUCUAUAUGGAUAUGCACCACCGCCGCCUCCGCCACCGUCGUCGUCACGAGGGAGAAAGCUUAAAAAGUCAAUGUUUUAUCUGGUGGGUAGACUGGCUAUGAAUGUAGUGACUAGUACUGUUUUUGGAUCGCCUUUAAGUUUUUAG